AUUUCUAAUUUUUAAAUGUUGUUAAAUGCGCACAACAUUGUUGUUACAACAUUCUGGAUGGCCCUUGAAUGCAGCAUCGCUUUCUGGACGGGAUCGCCAACAAAUGGUUAGCAGCAGAGAGCUAGCGCUUCGUUUCCAGCAGUGUAUGCGCUACAACUUCAGUGUUUAGCACUCUCCAGAAGGGAUACAUUGGACCAUUAAUUGAUCGGACGUGUCGAUGUAAACGUUAACGGAUUUCACGAUAUAGAGACGGUAACUUUAGCGCAAGAUAAGGGCAGGUUUUAGAUAUGUUUUGUUAGUUAGCUAACUUAGUUUCUUUAACCUAGCUAUCGUUAGCUGCAAGCCAAGAACAGUAAGUUACAUUGUGUUUAUCAGCUCAUACUAAGUGUACAGUUUUACUUAAGUUACAACAACUACUUUAUAAACACUAGCAAUUGUGUAUGAGACGUUCAUAAAGCAAGGGAAUGCUAGGAAAGUUUGAUAUACAUUUUUAAUAGAACUUGUUUGUAAGCAUCUAUCAAUCGAUAGCUGAACGAUAUAGUAAAGCUGGAUAGUCAGAUGCACAGCUGGGCAUAUCUUUUGACAUGUAUGCCAAAUGACUCAUCUGCGAUAGAUAGAAUGCCUUGACAGUGUACCCAAUGCGUAGGAAUUAACGACUUCGGAUAGUUGAAUAGUUAGUUUAUUAGCUAUUCGCCAUGGCAAGUGCCUUAGCAGCGAAGAUGGGCUUUAACUCACUGAUGAGGAAACAAGCAAAGAACUUCAACGUCAGAAUCUGCACAAUGGAGUCAGACAUGGAGUUCAGCUGCGAGAACAAAUGGAAGGGAAAAGACCUCUUUGACUUGGUGUGCCGAACUCUGGGACUGAGGGAGACGUGGUUCUUCGGGCUCCAGUACAACAUCAAGGACACGGUUGCUUGGCUGAAGAUGGAAAAGAAGGUUCUGGAUCAGGAAGUACCGAAAGAGGAACCGAUCACCCUUCACUUCCUGGCCAAGUUCUACCCAGAAAAUGCUGAGGAAGAGCUAGUGCAAGAUAUCACACAGCAUCUCUUCUUCCUACAGGUGAAGGCGAAGAUCCUCGAGGAGGAGAUUCACUGUCCACCCGAAGCCUCUGUGCUGCUCGCCUCCUAUGCCGUCCAUGCCAAGUACGGAGACUACGAUCCCAACGUUCACAAACCUGGCUUCUUGGCUGAGGAGGAACUGCUGCCAAAGAGAGUGAUUAACUUGUACCAGAUGACUGCAGAAAUGUGGGAGGAGAGAAUCACAGCGUGUUACGCAGAACACAGGGGCAGGACGAGGGAUGAAGCUGAGAUGGAGUAUUUAAAAAUAGCUCAGGACCUGGACAUGUAUGGCGUCAAUUACUUUUUAAUCAGGAAUAAAAAGGGAACAGAUCUUCUUUUGGGAGUGGACGCCUUGGGCCUGCACAUCUACGAGCCGGACAACAGACUGACACCUAAGUGCUCCUUCCCUUGGAACGAGAUCCGCAACAUCUCCUACAGCGACAAAGAGUUUACCAUCAAACCUCUGGACAAGAAAACCAACGUUUUCAAGUUCAACUCUUCACGGCUGAGAGUCAACAAGUUGAUCCUCCAGCUGUGCAUAGGGAACCAUGACUUGUUUAUGCGACGGCGGCGGGUGGACUCCCUUGAAGUGCAGCAGAUGAAGGCCCAGGCCAGAGAGGAGAGGGCCAGGAAACAGGUGGAGAGGCAGCGCCUGCAGCAGGAGAAGCAGCUGAGGGAGGAGGCAGAAAGGGCCAGAGACGAGCUGGAGAGGAGGCUGAUGCAGCUGCAGGAUGAAGCUCACAUGGCCAAUGAGGCCUUGCUGCGUUCAGAGCAGACGGCAGACCUGCUGGCUGAAAAGGCCCAGAUCGCAGAGGAGGAGGCCAAGCUGCUGGCCCAGAAAGCUGCCGAGGCUGAGACAGAGAUGCAACGCAUCAAAGUGACUGCCAUCCGUGGCCAGGAGGAGCGGCGGCUCAUGGAGCAGAAGAUGCUUGAGGCAGAGAUGCUGGCCCUCAAGAUGGCCGAGGAGUCAGAAAGGAGGGCCAAGGAGGCUGAGCAGCUGAAACAGGACCUGCAGGAGGCCAGAGAGUCGGAGCGCAGGGCAAAGCACAAGCUGUUAGAGAUUACCAGCAGGGCUGUCUAUACGUCCCCAGGACUGCCGGCUGACAGCAUGCCUCCUGACUUGAGCUUCAGCAGAGAGAACCUCAGCUUUGACUUUAAAGAUACUGACAUGAAACGCCUCUCCAUGGAGAUCGAAAAGGAGAAGGUCGAGUACAUGGAGAAGAGCAAACACCUGCAGGAGCAGCUGAACGAGCUGAAGACGGAGAUCGAGAGUCUGAAGCUUAAAGAGAGGGAGACUCCUCUGGACGUCAUUCACAACCAGAACACCGAGCAGGGGACCAGCAAGCACAGCAACUUUAAAAAGCUAACACUACAGAGCACCAAAUCCAGAGUGGCCUUCUUCGAGGAACUCUAAACUACAUACCUGCAUAAGUGGGGAUGCACAACUGCCAAGAACCUCUCAUUUCUACAUUCCUGGUCAGUUAAAAUAAUUGACCACACUACAAGGACUCCACUUCCUGGGAACCACUACGAAACACUACGGGAGGAAAAAAAAAAAAAAAAGACCAACUCCGAGGGCCUCGUGUGUACGCACAAACGAGGAUGCAUGCAUAAUACUCCUGCACUAAAUCUGGGAUUCAUAAAAAAAAUCGAGUGUGUGUUUACAGGGAGAGUGUGUGAAAUACAGCGCAUUCUCUGUGAAUAUUUUUGAAGUGAACUCGGGUGUGGGCUUUAUUAAUGGUAAAGAUUAAUGGUAGACAUUGCAAAAAAAAAAAAGAAAAAAAAAGAAAAACAGAUGUAUAAUGUAGUCUAUGACUGCUGCUGUUUCCACUGUGACUCUAAUGAGACAGUAUUUGUGGAGUUUAGAAUGGUUAUUAUAUUAUGUCCAAAAGGGGUGACCUACAUUAUUUGAUUGCCUAACUGUUUUGAAAUUCAAAUAGAAAGAAACCACUAAGGGAUAAAGUUGAAUGAAUUGAUUAUAUGUCUGAUAUUUCGCCCAGUCUAGUCCACAUAUCCUGACCCAAAUAUUUGAUAUUUAGUAGAUGUAUGCAGCAAUACACUGUAUUGUCUUUUUUUUUUUCUACUUAAACACUGACCAUUUUAUAUAUUCCAUUAUAUUCAUUCCAACAUUCCUCCAAAUAAUAUAUUCUUUCUUUACGUAAUCACUUCAUGCUGCCUUAGUUUUCUUGUUUUACGGAACAUUCAGUUCAAGCAGCAGCAAAUACAGGGCAUUUCUCUGCCAUCACGACUAUAAACAGCCAUUUAUCGCUAAUAGUAGGAGCUGAUGGGCUGUGGUAGAUAUUAAGCUUGUUCUCAACACAAAAAAAUUUGUAAGGGCUGUGUGUUUUGUGAGCAGUGUUCUCUAAAUCUCAGAAUGUGUGUCCAUGUUUGUGCCUUUUUAUGCAUCUUUUCGUAGCGAAUGUAGGUAAAGCGUCGUGUACAUGAGGCCUUAGGAACUACGUUUACAUCUUGUAUACACCGAGAAGUCAUGUCACAUAUCUCUUGCUGCCUCCAGCAGUUGAAACUUGAUUAGGGUGUCCUUACGCGAGGCGCCGAGGUGCAGUAUGUUCUGCUCUUGAAAGUGAAGAGUUGAACAUUUGCACCGGGUGGUUCUUAGAAUUUGAACUGGAUGAAGGAACUGUGAUUCUUAGAUGUGAGCUUGUGUCACAUCUACCUCUUUUUUUUUUUUCUUUGUGAAGACAACCACUUUUUCAAAACAUGAAUUUGCAUCUAUUUUGAAUUAAUGUGUCUUUUUGAAUUAAUAUGCUCUUUCCCUCUGAAAGCAAUUUAUUUUUUGGGAAGUAUAAUGUGAAGAAAAUAUUUUUCUUCCUUUCUGCAUUUAACAAGGAUAGUAAGCAGUAUUUAAAAUAAAACUUUGGUUGAAGUUACAGUACUUAUAUUUCUAGAUAUACAUUGUAAAAGAUAUGUAUGUUUUGCAUGUAAAAUACAUGAAUAUCAGGUCUGAA